CUAGGUGCUGAUGCGGUCAGCUAGGCAGUAGUACGGGACCGGUACAUAGCACUUGCACAACUGGCGGCCACGGGCCGGUGUUUGCACUGCAGCGCAGCAUCACACUGUACUGCACAGCGCUGCCACUGUUGCCAGUGUGUACUGUACGGUGUCUGAGCUCUGUCUUACCGGUAGCCCCUUCGCAGGGCUGUGAAUUUGACGGUGGUAUAUAUCAUGGCCGUCGAAGGCAAGUCCCGGCUAAAAGAUCCCCUAAAUAAAUACAAGGAACCGAGUAGAGCGACGGAGGGUUCCCUGAGGCACAGGCAGCGGGGGAAGAACAGGGCUACCCAUACAAGUACCGAUACCCCUCACACCAGGAAUAGAUGGGCAUCGGGGCGCUUCUUCUCUUACCUCAGCCCGGCCAAUAUAAAGAUUGGGGUCACUCUCUUAAUUGCUGCUAUCGUAGGGAUUUUGCACUGGAGUUACAUAUCAACACUUUUUGAAAAUGAUCGCCAUUUUUCUCACCUUUCAACUUUGGAACGAGAGAUGGCCUUUCGCACUGAAAUGGGCCUUUAUUAUUCUUACUUCAAAUCCAUCAUUGAAGCACCAUCAUAUUUUUCUGGGUUGCAUUUAAUCAUGAAUGAUAAUGUUACAGAAUAUCCUAGCGUAAUAAAUACUUUGAAACGAUUCAAUCUGUACCCUGAGGUGAUCCUGGCCAGCUGGUUCCGCAUUUUUACAUCAACAAUGAAGUUUGUUGGCAUAGACACCAAAAUCUGCUGGACAGUGAAUCGGGGGAAUGAUCUAAGUCCUGUAGAAAGCUGUGAAGGUCUUGGUGAUCCUGCUUACUUUUAUGUCACUAUGAUAUUUAUUUUGAAUGGAAUUAUGAUGUCAUUAUUCUACAUAUAUGGACUAUAUUUAAGUGGCAGUCGACUUGGAGGGCUUGUUACCGUGAUAUGUUUCUUUUAUAAUCAUGGUGAAAGCACCCGAGUAAUGUGGACACCACCGCUACGUGAAAGUUUUUCAUAUCCAUUCCUUGUACUUCAAAUGUUUCUUUUGACAUACAUCCUAAGGACGCCAUAUAUUGGUAGAAGAAGCCUGAUUGCACUUGGUGUUUCUAAUGUAUUUUUUAUGCUUCCCUGGCAAUUUGCCCAGUUUGUUCUCUUAACACAGAUUGCCUCACUUUUUGCUAUCUAUCUUGUUGGUUACCUGGACUCUGAGAAAUUUUUGAAUAUAUUGUACACACACAUAGUUUCACUGGCACUGUGCUUUAUAUUGAUGUUUGGGAAUUCAAUGCUCUUGACAUCCUAUUAUGCAUCCUCUCUAAUAGUUAUUUGUAUUAUUGUUAUGAACAGAGACUUUUUAAAUAUUGAAAAUCUGCCACUUGUAAAAUGCAUAUUACAGGUGUUAACUUGGAUAUUGGGGACUGUGGUCUUGAAAGCACUUACAUCCAUGCUACUUGGAGUUAGAGAUGAUGCUCAUAUAUUCAAUAUACUCAAGUCAAAGUUUACUAGUUACAAGGAUUUCGACACAUUGAUGUAUACCUGUGCACCGGAGUUUGACUUCAUGGAGACAGAGACACCAUGGAGAUAUUUCAAGACGCUUUUACUUCCUGUUGUUUUUUUAGUAUUUCUCACUAUAUGUGUUUGGGUUCUUAUAGAUAGUCGUCUUUUCAGUAGAUGGUUAAACACCAGAGAACAAGAAAAUGAAAGAUGGGAAUAUUAUACAAGUGGAGAGCUGGUAUAUCAUGUACUGCAGCUAUUGGCAUUCGCUGUCCUUGCUAUUUUAAUUAUGAGACUGAAGUUGUUUUUGACACCCCAUAUGUGCGUAAUGGCUUCUCUCUUAUGCUCCAAACAGCUCUUUGGGUGGAUCAACAACAGAGUCCGUCUUCCUCUGUUUGUCACUGUCAUAUUGAUCUUGAUGUCAAUACAAGGAAUUAGCAACAUUCAAAGUCAAAUGAGCAUAAAAGGAGAGUUUAGCAACAUAGCUCAGGAAGAACUAUUGGAGUGGAUCAAAUUCAGUACAAAGCCAAAUGCAGUGUUUGCUGGAGCAAUGCCUACAAUGGCAAGUGUUAAACUAUCAACAGGACGCCCUGUUGUCAACCACCCACACUAUGAAGAUGCAGAUUUACGAGCACGGACAAAAAUAGUUUACUCAAUGUACAGCCGUAAGGCCGCUAAAGAUGUAAAAAAGGACCUGAUCAAAUUGGGAGUGCAAUACUUCAUAUUGGAAGAUGCGUGGUGCUUGAGAAGGACUAAAACUGGCUGCACCUUGUCAGAGAUCUGGGAUAUUGAAGAUCCUUCUAAUGUUGGGAAGACUCCAUUGUGUUCUAUUUUGGCCAAGGAAACAUUGCCACACUUUAUCACCUUAUUUCAAAAUAAUCUUUACAAAGUUUUAAGAAUUACUGUUUAAAGAAGUUCCCAUGUACUCAAGAUUCAGAUGGGGUUUUUUUGUUUUUAAUUCUGGUAUCCUUGUUUUACAUAUAUUUGUAAGCUGACAUUUUGUAAUAUACACUAUGCUAUGCAAAUCUUUAUUGCUAAGUAAAAUCUUUUAAAAAUA